GAGAGAGAGAGAGAGAGAGAGGACUGCAGAACAUACAGGGUCUGGAUGAAUAACCAUGGCAACAGCAGCAGCAGCAGGAGAAGCGGUGAUAUAAACAUUGCAAGCCGCACAUCCAUCCGCAACAGCGAUUUACUGAGGCUGCAUCCUAAGCCUUUGCGGAUAAGACUUCAUCACUGCUAAGGUGAUGAGCGGGAAUAUAUCAUGUCUGAGGUACAGGGAACACUGGAGUUUUCUGUAGAGUUGCACAAGUUUCACAAUGUGGAUCUCUUCCAAAGGGGGUUCUACCAGGUUCGAGCAGGGCUGAAGGUCUCACCUCGCGUGCCACACAGGCUGAUAGCAACGGCACAUGGCAGUACAGGAGAGUGCAGCUUCAGCUCUGCGGGGGUUUAUGAUGGAACAGUGUUCAGCCGGAUAUUUCAGAUCCUUUAUAGGAACGAGGAGAUUGUGGUGAAUGACUGCAUGAGCUUCAGAGUCCACCUGCUACUGGAUGGAGAGAGGGUGGAGGAAGCCCUGAGUGAGGUGGACUUUCAGCUGAAGCUGGAUCUUCAUUUCACCGACAAUGAGCAACAACUGGCAGACAUAGUGACUGUCCCGUUGAUCAGCAGUCGAACCCUCGGCCUCCACUUCCACCCGCGGAGAGGCCUCCACCACCAUGUCCCUGUCAUGUUUGACUACUUCCACCUGUCCGUCAUUUCUGUCUCCAUACACGCCUCACUGGUUGCCUUACAUCAGCCACUAAUCAGCUUUGCGCGCACUGGGAAGGGCUCCUGGCUAGGGAAGGGCUCGCCAGAGAGUGGGAGCGACCCAUCUGCCAUGUCUGUGGAGAACCUUAUGUUCGGAGCUGGCUACUGCAAGCCUGUCAUCUCUGAGGGAAGCUUUUAUGUGCCCAGUGAAAACUGCCUGCAGAGAGCUCAUACGUGGCAUCGAAGGCUCUGUCGCCUCCUGUUGGUGGCACACAGAGGUCUGCGCACUUACUACACAGCCCUGAUGAAGGAGAUCCCCCAGCUCCAGCAGACUCCACCAGACCUAGAGGUACUGCCUGUGGAAGAAACUCUAAACCAGCUCACAAUAGAACUGCAGCUGCAGGAAGGCCAUGAGAAGGUAGCGGAGCAGAUCAGCAGAGAUGUGAGCCAGCUCUGCUCCCAGCUGGCUGCUCUGUGGAGUCAGUUCCUGGAGGCUGCUGUGCUCAACCCCCACAUCCUCUCCUAUCUGGCCCAGGAGCACCACACACUCAGGGUCAGGAGAUUUUCAGAGGCGUACUUCUUCACUGAACACCCUAAAGUGACAUCCUUGACUUUUCAAGAGGAUCUAAUCAACAGACAUGGACAGAUAGCUGCAGAGGUAAGGAAUUCAGAUUACCUGACCAGAAUGCCUCCUUUACCUGUUGAGUGCCUGGACAUUGAUGGAGACUGGAACAGCCUGCCCAUCAUCUUUGAGGACAGAUAUGUGGAGCACCCUCAAACAGAGUGGGUAUCACAUGUGCCAAUGCUUGCAACUACCAAUGAGGAGGCCAAUUCAGAUCCUGCUGUCACCUCUGCCAAUAGCAGUCAUGAGAAAGACCAGGGCGCCAGAUCACCAGCAAUACCCCAGGAGCCCUCAGACAGUGAUGACUGCAUGGACCUGCCCACAUAUGUCUCACUCAUAGCAGAGCAGAGUAGGAGCAGCAUGAGCAUCAGAAGUACCAAGAGCCUCCUUGUCAAUAAUGAGGAGAACCCAGGACCCUCUCAAACGGAAGAAAAACAAACAGACUUACCGGAGAAGCAAACCCAGAUUCAGGACAGCUCUAGUCCAGGCCGAAGGUACAUUACAGUCAGACCUUCAGAUGUUGACCCAUACAGAGGAGAGGCGGUGCUGGUCCUCUCGUCUAACCAAAAUCCCAUUAUUGACUCGCCUGAGUCACCUGUCCACCAUGUAAGAGAAGAUGCUACAGAACUUAGUGAUGCCACACAGAUUCUCAAACACAGCGAUGCAGGAGAGAAUGAGUACAAUGAAGAGGAGUCUGAUAUUGCCAUGCCGCUGAAUCAUUCCAUGGAUGAUGAGAGCGAAGAUAUUCCUCUCAUUAGCCUACCCACUGCCUAUACUCAUCCGGUCACGCCCCCCUUUACAGGCGAUCUGAGAAAAGAGCAGACUCACCGGGGAGGCCUGGUUGGCUCAAAGAUCAUGAAGCGCUCCUCCUCAGUUAUUUCAGACUCAGGCAUAGAGAGUGAGCCCAGCUCCGUGGCAUGGCCCAUGGAGGCUGUGCUGCGAGGACGCCCUCCUCGAGACUUCUCCAGCGAACGGGAGAUCCCACAGCAAAUGGUGCGACACCACCCAGUUCACCGCAGCUCUCUGGAGGGCCUGCAAAUGGAGAGCAAUGGUAGCAUACCAAGCGGGGGCAUUCAGGCCUCCCUCACAUCAAUUAGCUCACUGCCCUAUGAGGAAGACCAGCAACAGAGGCAGCUCAGCAAACUGACAAAGUCGGUCUCUGCACCACAGAUAAGUAGUCCAGAGGACACUGAGGAGGACCAAGUGGUGCUCAACCAGGAACUAGAUACAGAGAGAUUAGUACAACACCAGAAGUCAUCUAGGAUCAACCACUCCUCUGUGAAAAACAACCAGGAUAUGGAUCAAUCUGAAACAGCCCCAUUAAACAGGGGUUCAGCCACAGACCAUGGUCAUGGUCUCAAGGAGACUAAUAGCUCUGAAAACACAAAUUCUCCACAGUUCAUGUCAGAGACACACAAAAUCAAGUCAGUGUUAAGUGGUGUUCCUGAAGUAUUGCAUUUACAACAGCCAGUAGAAAGCCCUCAUGUGAAGGAGAGUGCUGUUACUGCCAGCCAGGUGGAGAAUGUGAAAUAUCAAGGAGACAUCACUGGAGUAAGAGAAUCACUGAACGACGUGCACCUCUUUGAAGUGGAAAUAGCGCCCUGCAGCUGUGGAAACAAACCAUGUGUGCAUAAAAGUGCCGCAGAUCAGGAGAGUAAUAAGGUAGAGGAUGAGUGCCAAAGUUUCGAUCAGAUACGGCUGCUCGACCUUGAAGACCAGGAGUGUCUGGAUCCCCCUCGAACACUUCUACAGCCUGAGGCCUCAGGAAUUGAGAAUUCCCAGCACAUCCCCAACAAUACCAACACUACACAAAGGCCUAGUGAGCUCAGAGGGCUGAUAACCAAUGAUGUUGUGUCACCUGUUGACCUUAACGGGCUCCCAGCAACUGAGAAAGAGCCUUUAGAUUUCCAGAGUAAGCCAUCUAAGAUCCCCAACUCAGGCCUGGCCUUCAUGAAUAAGAAGGUGGUUGAAGUGGUUAACAUGUCAGUGUCCUGUGCCCCAACCUGUCUGCCUUUCUCCUCUGUUCUGAGAGACUCUCCAUCCAUCAGUGGCAUGUCUGCCCGCCAGGCUACCUCACCCAUUACCCAUCAGCCCCUGGGCUCGUUUGGAAUCAUCUCCUCAUCUUCACUCAAUCCUCUGAGCAUGGACGAUGAGACCAACGAAAGAAUGCUAAAUUUCUAUAAGGCCAAGGAGGAGCUGCUGAAAGAGUUAAGCUUUCAGGCCAGCUUAUACAGCGACCUUCCUCUCCUGGCAUCAGAUCUGCCCUACUUCCCCCCUGAGGAGGACGAUGAGGAGUUUGAUGAUGGCAUUCACCUGGUGGUGUGUGUCCAUGGUCUUGAUGGUAACAGCGCAGACCUUCGGCUUGUGAAGACUUUUAUUGAGUUAGGGCUGCCAGGAUCCAGGCUUGACUUCCUCAUGUCUGAAAGGAACCAGACUGACACGUUUGCAGAUUUCGACACCAUGACGGACAGGUUGCUGGAUGAGAUCAUCCAGCAUAUCCAGCUGUAUAAUCUUACCAUAGGCAGGAUAAGCUUCAUCGGUCACUCUCUGGGGAACAUCAUCAUCCGCUCAGUGCUGACGAGGCCUCGCUUUCGCUGUUAUUUACCCAAACUGCACACCUUCCUCUCACUGUCAGGCCCACACUUGGGAACGCUAUACAACAACAGCACAUUGGUCAGCACAGGUCUGUGGUUAAUGCAGAAGCUGAAGAAAUCGGGAUCCCUGCUACAGCUCACCUUCAGAGAUCAUGUUGAUCCUCGGAAAACAUUCUUAUAUCUCCUGAGUCAGAAACCAGGGCUCCAGUUCUUUAAAAAUGUGGUGUUGGUGGCGUCUCCACAGGACCGUUAUGUUCCUUUUCACUCUGCCAGAAUAGAGAUGUGCAAGACUGCGCUUAAAGACAGGACCACAGGUCCUGUGUACACGGAGAUGAUCAACAACUUACUGCAGCCGCUGGUGGAAGCGAAAGAGUGCCGCCUGAUUCGCCAGAACGUGUUCCACGCUCUACCCAACACGGCCAACACCCUGAUCGGUCGAGCCGCCCACAUCGCCGUCCUGGACUCUGAACUCUUCCUGGAGAAGUUUUUCCUUGUGGCAGGGCUCAAUUACUUCAAGUAAAGGUGCUAGUGCUGUACUGUAUAUACCCAGACUUUGGCAAAUGGAGCGGAUCUGGUGGAUAGGGUCCUUUCCUAUCCCUUUGACGAUGUACAGUAUAUGUAAAGUAUAUAACCCCUGGUAUCUAAGACGUAGGGCCUGUAUAACCCAUAUGUUAGGACUGCAAGCACCCAUCGUUAAAAAAAAAAAAAAAAAAUCAGCGAAAUGUUGACUGUUUUAAUUGGGGACUCACAGUUCGUCUGAGCUUGAUGUGUAGCCAUGCAAAGCAAAACAUCUGACAUCACAGGAUUGAUUCUAGAUGUUUUGUAGGCCUUAUGAAUAACCCCCCCGCCUAAAGCACUAACAAAUGCUAAUUGUGGUCUAAAGCGAUUAAUUAUUUGCCCUUUAGAGCUGGGUCGGAGUCUUUAGUCGAUAACACUGGUUGGUGGAGUUCUGCUUAAAGGAAUAUAACCACGAUAGUCUCACAAACUAUCCUUAAAACCAAGGCAAUAGAUGCGCAGCGUUUAUCCCCUUGAUUGUACAUUAGCAAGGAUUUUAUUGUACAAAAUAUAGAUGUUUCUUUUUACAAAAAUGAAUAUAUUGUUUGAAAUUAUUUAUUUUUUAUCUGCUCAUGAACCUACAGUAUGACUAGUCCAUAUAAAUGUGAUCUUUUGUGUGUUGUAUAUCAUAUACUGUACAUUUACAUCAACUGACUUUCCAAAUCAUAGUAACCUUGUCUAUAAAGUAACAACGCAGCUCAGAGUGUUACCCCAUGUAGCUGAUAAUUUAAUGUAUAUCUAAAAAAAAAAAAAAAAAAAAAAAGUAUUAUGGUCAGAAGCAUUCACCUUAUGUUUCCCUUACUCUAGAUGAGUUCAGCCUAACCCUGAUUCACAAAGUAUUGCAGCUAAAAUGAGCUCUGCAGUGUUAUGAUUGAGUGAUUGAUUGACGUCAUCGGAGAAAUUAUUUUACAGUAUGCUAGCAAACCAACAGUGUUAUAACUUCCAGAAUAACACAAUAAAUUUAACUCUAUUUCAGGCAGAAAAGAGUAUUAAAGAGUGUAACUUAACCCCAAACCCAAAUCUGCGUGAAAGGUGUGUUCAGAGCAAAUGUGAAGUUUUUAGCGCAGCGUGAUUACAUACAAAUGCAAAGCAAAGACACAAACAGAUGCAAAUUUCUGGCGAGCGAUGCAAAUGAUGCAAAUUUCUGCAUCGUGAAUGAUGUGGACACAUGAAAUUCGCGUAUUUGCCUGAGUUCAAAUUUUUCAACUUAAGCGAAAAAUUUGCGCCCGUAAAAUUCACUUCAUGUUUGGUCUGAACACACCACAAUGGUGAAAGGUACGGUGCCUGGUCUUUGGUGGCAGUGCUGUCACCACUUGCUCUCUAUGGGUGGUGACAUCACCUGCCACCAAAAACCAGGCACCCUACUUGUCACCAGUAGAGAUUGGGCUUCAUGCGGAUUUCGGUUUGGGGUUUAGUUAUUCCUAAAUGUUUGGCUCAGGAGCUGUUCUUAAUUGCCAACUGAAAUCAUCUGAAGUAAGUGUAGUUUUGAUUUUAUGUGGCCGUUUGAAAUAGCAGGUUCAUUUUUAUUUUUUAAAUGAUACACACAUGUUGUGAAUCAGGGUGUCCUUUCUUUUGUGUUCUGGACAAACUGGGUGAUUUUGCAUAUUAUGGACCAACCUUUUCUGCCAAGACUUUUUCCCCACCAGUCAUUUCCUAGAAACCAAGUGCAAUAUAAUGCAUGAUGAUCAGAACAACACACCAUCAUAUCACAGUCAAAAUACUGUUGUGCAUCCUUCAAAUUUCCUCUUCCAUCGAAGAUCAAACCUAAGUUCAACACCUCACCGAGCUACGUCGGAGCUACGCAGUACGAAAUAACGUUUGUGAACCGAACCUUUCGUCACAACCUUUGCUGUCGCGUUAGUGUGACAGGGAAGCACGGCAAGAAAGGUGUCAUUUUCCAGCGUAGGAGGAUGAUUUCCUCACCAGUAUGCUGUCCAUCAAAAGAUGUUUACAUUUUGGCAUUAGAGAACUGUUAUCAUAGUGUCAUCACCAUAUUCAGUGGUGGUUGUGCAUCUGCUGCAUAUGUAGUUAUGUACAUAUAGAGAGCUAUAUUUAUCCUUUGCACUGGUUUAACUGACAAGUGCACUUUAUUGAUGACCUUGAAACAACCUCCUAGCUUUACAAACUCCACACAAUCAUUCUGUCUGUUCUUUUGUUUUGUUGUGUUUUGUGGUGGUUCUAUAUGCACUGUUUCUUAAAGAAAGUGUUCUAUUACAGGAAAAAUCCACCCUAAGAUGCUUCAACACUGUUAAAAAACAGCCAUUGCAUUUCUGGUCUCAGUUCUUGGUUCGGUGAAGUAUUUUAUUCCCCUGGAUUAAUGGCCAAAUGUAGACGAUGACAUGAUGUCACAUCGAGAUAGUUCCAGCACAGCAGCAGUGUAGCUUGACAGCAAAUAAAAAAAAAAAAAAAAAAAAAAAAAAAUGUCAGCCAUCUGAAACAUCCACGGGUAAACGUCAGGUUUUCAUGUCAGUCCUUCAGAAACCUCUUUCUAGAAUCACCAGUUUGCACUAACGUUCAACAAUCAUACAGGGAGAAAUCCAUCACAGAGGAGGCAGAGAUACCAGUGUCUCUGCCGACAAGCAUCCUCAGCAGACCUGAAUGCAAUGUAGCAAGACAUGCUGCAUUUUGAGGAGGGGGCGCAUUUGUGAUCAGAGACACGCUUCGCUUUUUCACAAAUUAGUUGACUACCUACCAUUAUAUGCCCAUAUGUCAACCUUUAAUUGAAAUGUAGGAAGCUACUAAGUCAGGUCGCAGUAGUCAAAGAAGGCUGAGGGAAAGUGCAUCCACCAAAACCAUUUUGACAGUGUAAGAGUAUCCGAGAGUGGAUUUUUCCUCUAAGCGCCGAGGUCUGCGUCCUGCACUCGCUGUUAAAACUUGACCUUAGCUGUCCGUCCCAGCCAUCUUAAAGCAUUGUGUUGUCUUCAAAGUGUGCUGUCUCUGAGUGCGAGCGGUGACAUCUCAAAGUGCUCUUUUCUGCGCGGACGUCCUCUGGCUCCCGGUGUUUGCGGUGGCACUGCAUGGUAAGCAGAGUGUCACUGUGAUUGACUCUAAUCAAAUGGGCCCCUUUAGGACACAGAGAUCGUUCUCAAAAGCCACUAAGCAAGCUGCCUAAGCAAUCUGUGGGUGCUGCCACGCGUCACGCAUCAUUUCUCGACUCCCCCAACACACACACACCUACAUGCACACACACACACACACACACACACACACACACACACAUAUACAAACACAUACAUAGAUGUGGCUUUAGCUUGUUUGCUUUUUCCCCAAUAGGGCUGUGUCUGUUUACCCAAAGGGGUCACUGAGAAUCGAUGAAGGGGAAAGUGUUUGUUGCAUCAAGAUUGGCCUCUUCAAGGGCAACAUGGGCCUCAUCUGUUGAGGAGAGUCAGUUCAGGAGUCGUGCUGGAAUCUUAGUUUCUCUACAUUUUUUUUUUUUUUUUUUUUUUUUUUACCCGCUACCAUAUAUAUAAUAGAUCUUUGUUUGUUUUCAUCCCUCAAAAAUAUCUGACUUGAACCUUUUUUUGUAUUUGAUUGCCCUUUACUGUAGUGAGAGUGAUAUUCCUGUUGGUGUGUGUGUGUGUGUGUGUGUGUGUGUGUGUGUGUAUGUGGAGGAAGGUUGGUGUAUUAUGUGUGUAUGUGUGUGUUAAAAUUUCAAAGGCUCUAGGCAGCUUUCUGUCGUGUGUAAAAUGAGAUUUACUCAGAUUAUUUUGUCAUCGUCUGCUCUUUGAGUAUUGUGCUGGAACAUGACACAAUUCGAAAUGUUUGAAGUGAAUGUAAAAAAAA